AUGUGGCUCGUCAACGCUGAAACUAUUCGCCUUGAACGGUUCAUUGAUGAGCGACAUGCCCCCAAUUACGCUAUCGUCUCCCACACUUGGGGCCCGCAGAAUGAGGAGAUUACUUUUGACGAUAUGAAAAUCUGGUCAGCUAGCACACCGCCGGAAGGGUCAAAGCUCACUGGUUGGGAAAAGUUAAGAAAUGCUUGUGUGAAGGCGCUAGUUGAGGACUACAAUUACAUAUGGGUUGAUACUUGCUGUAUCGACAAGUCAAGCAGUGCUGAGCUUCAGGAGGCGAUCGGCUCAAUGUUUUCCUAUUACGCCACAUCAAGCAUAUGCUUUGCCUAUCUUGCUGAUGUCCAGAAUUGUGGCCUUAAUGGCGAGCAGGGUCAUGAAUUUCGGAAGGCGCGGUGGUUCACCCGAGGCUGGACGUUACAAGAACUUCUGGCUCCAGAGUCGCUUAUAUUUUUCAACGCGGCAUGGGAUCGUAUAGCGGAAAGAUCAAAGAUACCGGGACUCAUUGAGGAAGUUACGGGAAUUUCAGGCUAUUUUCUUGAUGGGUACUCUCCUGGAAACCGGUUCUGGAAUCGGGUCAGCGUGAGCGAACGGAUGUCAUGGGCGGCAAAAAGGGAAACAACCAGGCGUGAAGAUAUGGCAUACUGCCUGCUAGGCUUAUUCAACGUGUCCAUGCCAUUGCUAUACGGUGAGGGGGAUAGAGCCUUUCUGAGACUACAGGAGGAGAUCCUGAAAUCUCACGACGAUGUGUCCCUAUUUUACUGGGGCUUCCAGUAUUUUUCAGGAUAUGAUGACUUUGAUUUCGCCACUGCAUGCCAGAAUGGCAGGUUUUCUGAAUCAGACGUUUCAUAUGCUCCAAUUAUGGCCCCACACGUUAAAUAUUUUCGCAAUCUAACAUACCUUGGUUCGUGGACGACACCAAUGGAUCACUUUAAAGCACCUUCCUUCGCUAUGGGCCAGAGAGGCCUAACGGCGCACCUACCCCUUUGGGCUGACCCGAGUCACGAAUGUCUUGUUUACGGUAUACUAAGUUGGGACAAGACCAAGAACAAGGCUAUAGCACUGCCAUUGAUAUCCGCUAGAGCUUGCUCAAUUUCACCUGGGCGAGUCGUGGAUGACGAAUACUUGCGGCCAAUCUGGUGCCGACCGAUCUUUAUACCUCAAUCAUUUGCGGUAAAAGCAUCCUAUGGAGAAAUCCUUAUCCGACGUACCUCUCCAUGGUCAGAGCCUUUCUGCCAUCUCCCAUUUGGACUAGGCAUACGCAGCCCAGAAACUAUUACACUGAAAGGGGCUUAUCCUCCCAGUCCUGUGGAGAAUUUUGUACCGCUCUGUAGAUCACCACAGCAGCGUCUGAAGACCUUCGAAAUUCAAGUAAAUGGAGACUCUGUAGGCGGCCAUUUAACUGGUUUUAACAUACAGGAGGGAAGACGAAUGUUCAUCAUUAAUGUUGAUACAACCACUAGGAUUGUUCCGCUCCUACUUGUUAUGGACUAUCAUAUGGAACCAUAUUUCCGUCCCCGUUUGCGUAGACGGGAUGCUCCCCGCAAUUACCCUGGGGUGUUCAGCAAGUGCACUUUAGACUGUUAUGUCUUUGUCUUGCCAUCGCGCCAUUUCUCAAUAGCAGAAAUGCUUGAUUUGAAAACCGGGAAAGGCUGGGACCAAUUGAAAGAGCUCCUCCAUAUACCUCACGAAGGUCACAGUUACUAUUGUUUGGAUGACUUGAACGACGAGUUUCUGGAAAUUCACAUUAAUCCUUGCUCCGCAAUGCACACAGCAUCCUCCAUCGUCGUGAGCCUGGUUGCCAGAACACCGGUUACCAGUAAAGGAGAGUCUCAAAGGUCCAGUAACCCUGAGCGACAGCCUUGGCGAUUCCUUCAUCAUCCAGGUUAUUUGAGUCAUGUGUGGCGUGGAAGUUGGGAAGACUAUUUCAAUACCUGCCCUGUCCGUGAGAAAGAAUCGGUUCGCGAUAUAAUCAAAAAAGAUCAUGCGAAGAAGCGAGUGUUCAACGACUUAGGCCUCGUUCAAGGGCCUACAAUCCUACGGACCUGGUUCGAUUUUAUCCUACAAUUUGUUAUGCAUCGCUCCUAA